UGAAAUCGAUCACGACAUUUAAUUUGAUUUUAUUGUAUUUUUAGUGUUCAUCACUAAGCGCAGCAGAAGAACAACAUCAAGAGUUCAUGAAGCAGUUAUGCGAACUUUUAUAUCAACAACAAAAGAAUAUUCCUGUGAUAUGUACUCAUGAUAUUCAUUCUGUACGCUGUUCCGGUGAUAUUGUUGCUAUUAAAGUUCUUUGUAAAUGUGCCGAAUCAUCUGAUAACUUAAAUAAUCAAAUGAAAAAAUCAUCAGAUAUUCAUUUAUCAAAUGAUAGCGAUGAGCAAUAUUCUAAAGCCGGAAAGAAUGUAAACCGUGACUCACCUAAUCCUCAAUUGAAUCAAAUAAUAAGUAAUAAUCGAGAUUUUCAGGAUAAAGAUAUAGAAUCAUCAAUUGACAUUAUGAAUACUACAAGUGCAAAUAUAUCACCUGUUCAUACUCCACCUCGGUUGUUUAUGUCACCGACAUCAUCAUCAUCAGUAAUUGAUUUGAUAAAUAAUGAUGUUCAAAAAAUAACUUUUAUUUAUAAUACAUAG